AUGUCCGGGGAGGACCAAGGACCUAGCCACCGCAGAGCUGUUCCCCGUCCUUCAGACUUUCGUUUUGGCAAGGAGAUUGGCCAGGGUUCCUUCUCGAACGUGUACGUUGUUCGAGAGAUAGCCAGCAAUGCGGAAUUCGCUAUGAAAGUUGUCGAAAAACAGCACGUUGUGCGAAACAAAGCUGUUGAAUCUGUUCACAUGGAAAAGGCGGUACUGACUCGCGUAAAUCAUGUUUUCAUCAUCCGAUUACAUUAUACUUUCCAAGAUGCAUCAAGGCUGUUCUUCGUACUGGAAUACGCUCGAGGUGGAGAACUGCUGACUCAUCUAAAUCGGCUCACUUCUUUCGAUCUUCCUUGUUCUCGGUUUUAUGCUGCUGAGAUACUGGUCGCACUGAAUUAUCUGCAUACACAGUCCAUUGUGCAUCGAGAUAUAAAGCCUGAGAAUGUAUUGCUCACUGAGACGAUGCAUAUCAAAUUGGCUGACUUCGGAUCGGCGGUUAUCCUCAAUGAUCCGAAGGUUAAAGCUCCCGGCUUUACUGGCACUCCGGAAUAUGUGAGCCCAGAAAUGCUGUCCUCUCGUUCGUUUGCUGAUGAAUCCUCACCAUCCUCUUCCCAUUGCUUCUCUUUCGAAGAUACGGCCUACCUGAUGGACUACUGGGCAUUCGGUUGUGUGUUGUAUCAAUUCAUUUCCGGUCGCCCUCCAUUUCGAACGGAAAAACAUCAUCAUGCAUAUGAUAUCUUUGGGCAGAUACUCGGUCUAUCCUAUAAGUUCCUUGAUGGUUUUGACACAGUCGCCCGGGACUUAGUGCAAAAAUUACUUGUUAUCAAUCCAUUGGACAGACUGGGCAGUCCAACUAACGGCGGUCCUGUGGCUGUACAGGAACAUCUAUUCUUUAGCGGAAUCGAUUGGGGUUCUCUGCCGAAUCAACCAGCUCCCAUACUUCUUCCAAAUUUAGAACCAAUUGCCCCAAAAGAUUGGGACAGCUUACCGGCAGGCUUUGAUGAAGGACAGAUGUACCUGUUAUCUUGUGAAUUCGCCUCUGCUGUUACACCAAUUCCAGAAACUGAGCGCAGUCGAUUGCUGUCUGCUCAGGAGCGGCAAAAUCCUUACCAUCGAUUUGUACGAAAUCGACUCAUUCUCAAACAAGGAGUAUUGUUCAAGCGACGAGGUCUGUUUGCUCGCAAACGGAUGUUUUUGCUGACUGAGGGACCCCACUUAUUCUAUGUUGAUAUGGAUGCAAUGUCGCUGAAGGGCGAAGUCCCUUGGUCUAGUUUUCUUACCUUGGAAUUAAAAAGCGACAAGUUAUUUUUUAUCCGCAUUCCCAACCGGACAUUCUAUUUGGAGGACCCUUCUGGAAAGGCGGCUGCCUGGGUUGCCCAACUCAAUGCGGUCAAACAGGCUUACUACGCGGAGCCACCGUGUGUUGUUGAUCCUGUUCUCAGUGCACAGAACGGAAAAGUCGCGAAAGAUUGUGCGGCAGUUGUUCAAAGUUGA